ACAACCGGGAAUUUUUUUUUUUUUUUUUUUUUUUUUUUAGCGUAAUAUGAGGCAAAUAAUCACAAUAUAUGAUUCCAGUAUUGUCAUAUUUUAUUGAUGAUUUGAAAUAUGUUCUUUAAUCGUAAUCUUAACCAACCGUUUUUUAAAUUUCGUUGUUCUUCCAUUCAAGUAGAUAGGAGCUGCACUGGCAUGACUGGAAAUUGCCUCCAGAGAGCGUUCCGAAUAUGGCCGACAGUGGCCUGACUUGCUAGAUUGAUUUUGGUUCAACUCUGCGGCUCUGAGCCAAUCAGAGAGCGUCAACAUUUAAAGGGCCAUUAAGAAACAGCCAAAACGGUAGAGCACAAAACCUUCUUCUCAUUUCACUCACUCGCUUACAUUUCUUACUACGCCAGCCUGAAUACAGUAAAGGCGGCUCUACAUGACAUUCUUUGUAUAAGACAGGAGUGGAAUGAUACUUUACGCAGUACCGUUUUUGUGGAUGCGCUCGUUUAUCGUCUGCACUUGUUGCGCUGAGACGAACAGCCGAAUCUAACGGACUGAGAGAUAUUGAAAGAUCUGCGCACCACUACGGGUCAAACGCUCGAGCUCUGCGGUGUAUUUACAUGUCGGAGAUCUCUCACUUGAACGAGACAAAAUAAAAGGGUGACACAUACUGCGCGUCGCUUCCAGAAUGCCAGUGUUAAUGAGUCCCGAAAUGGCUGAUAAAUUCAAAGAGAAAUGGAUGAUGCUUCACCCGGAGGAUCAGGACGAUGUCGGCGGCUCUGCUCACUUUGACGACAGUCUCACCAGUCUGCACUGGCUGCAGAACUUCUCCAUCCUGAGUGCCAACCCGGAGAGGACACCCAGCUCUGGCAGCCAACCGCAACACCUCUUCAACCACAAAAACCAGUUAGGGGGCACCGAGUCACCCUCCAGCCCACCUGCCGGAGACACAGCCGCGACGGGGAUGCCACAAACACCUGGGAAUCCUACCACGUGCUGCAGCAGUUUGGCGAACUCAUACGGGCACCAACAAGCUGGGCACUACAUAACGGCGCAAAUGAAUCCUUCAGAGGAGAUAGACUAUAAAACAAACCGCUAUGUGAAGCCACCUUAUUCAUAUGCCACUCUGAUUUGCAUGGCAAUGCAGGCUAGCAACAAAACCAAAAUCACCCUGUCCGCCAUAUACAGCUGGAUCACGGGGAAUUUCUGCUACUACAGAUACGCAGAGCCAAGUUGGCAGAAUUCAAUUCGCCACAACUUGUCCCUGAACAAGUGCUUCAUGAAGGUGCCCAGGCAGAAAGACGAGCCAGGAAAGGGAGGCUUUUGGCAAAUCGACCCCCAGUACGCUGACAUGUUUGUCAAUGGCGUUUUCAAACGACGUCGAAUGCCUGCCACAAACAUCAAUACCCAGAGACAGAGCAAAAUGUUAUCCUCUCCCAGCUCUUCUUAUGGCUCUCAGUGCAACCAAACUGGCCAACAAAUGGGAAUGGGCCACUUCCAAGGAGCUGUCCCAGGAAACAAACGCAAGCAGGUCUUCCCAAAACGAGGCAGCAAGCUGGCCAGAGUCUCCAAGUCCCCUCUGUUAACCACCGAGAUCAAAACAUCAGAUGUACUGAGAGGAGACUUUGACCUGGCCUCUGUUUUUGAUGAUGUGCUUAGUGGAAAUGACAGCACGUUUGAGGAUCUGGACAUCAACACAGCGCUGAGCUCGCUGGGAUGUGAGAUGGAGGUGUCCACACAGAACCAGCACGGGCCUGGCUACAGCAACGAGGAUGAGCAGGCUUGUGCUUACCUCGAGGCCAAUGGCAUGAUGGGAAGCAACAUGGAGGAUUUUCACCAACAGCACCACCAGCCAGUACAAGCGCAUCCACAAUAUUAUGAAGGAAUGACUCUGUUCUCAGAUCAGGUUCAGCUUUAUCAGCAGCACCCCUGGGAGAUUAAAGAGGAAGUCCAAGCCAUUCCACUUUCCCUGGAUCACGGCUAUGGCCUCUGUGAGGGAUUUUUCUCUGAGAUGCAACUGUGGGAGAGAGCAGAGUCAUAUCUGUGAACACACCAUUGAAAACUUUGAAUUAAUAUGCACUUGUCUUUGCUGGUCUAAAAACCUAUUGACUUUUGUUUUGCUACAUUAGCAUAAUGAACUAUUGAAGUUGUGAAAAGUUCUAUGUAAUUAUUCUUUGUACUUCAAAUUUUUUAAGAACCUAUACUGGUUCAUUUUAAAUUACCCUUGGUCUUUGAAUUCUUGAUUCUUUGUUGGGAAAUUUUCUUGUGGGACAAAUCUAGUUAUCUAGGAUAGUGACAUUUUGUUCCUGUAUUGAUUAAUUAAUCUAAUAUAUUCAGUUUAGUUGACUUGAUAUUUUAGGUAAUGUCAUGCUUUCUGAGUCUAACAAAAAAGUAAAAAUAAAAAUAAAUCAGAUAUUUGAAGGAAAAGAGAUGCAUCAAGCCAAAGUGCUUCGCAAAACCAUUUUCACUGAAAAACAAACCCGCACAAGCACUUUGAAACAUUAGCUCAGUUUGUUGCCUGGUGAUUUAGUCUAAUAAUUUAUUUUCUCUCUUUUUUGAUGAUAUUCUAUGAGAGUAAAAAGUCUCCCUCUGUAAGAUCUCUUUUAUAUUUCUAAAUGCAAAUGCUGUAGUCUCGGAUUUAUGAUGAAUUGUGGGUGGCAAUGUCACAAGGCAAUGACUGUUCUAGAAGUGUACUUGUAUUGAUUCUUUGAGAAAUGGACUCUAACAUGCAACAUGAAACAAAAUAUAUUCUGUACUUGAAUAAAAAGAUCAACCAUC